GGGAAGCACGCGCAGGUUUGUUGGCGGGAAUUUGCUAAAGCCUGAAGCUCUGUGAGAGAAAAUAGCGGCCAGCUGACCUGAGCAGCGCCUACUGACGAGGAGGAAAGACGGCAACUGUCAGUCGCGCUAACCUCAGAAGCGUUCUGAGGGCAACUUUCGGACAGCUGCCCUACAGGGAGGGAUGUUUGGCCGGGACGCUGAGGAGGACUGAAGACAGCACAGCUGAAGAGCCGAGUCGCGUUGUCUCGCUGUCCUACACAGAGAAGUAACGUCUACCAGAAGCCAUUCGAAGUCAUGAAGGAGAAGCGAGCCGAUGCUUCCCUUCACUGAGCUCGUCUCUAAUGUAACGGACCGAGUCUUUUUACCUUAAUCUGAGAGCGUGAAACACCAUGGAUACAUGUUUGAGGCGACUGAGACAAGAACUGCUCUCUAUGAAGGAGGCUGGUGAUGGCCUUCAUGCUCAGAUGAACUCCAUGAUGGGAGCUCUGCAAGAACUUAAACUCCUCCAAGUCCAAACCGCACUUGAACAGCUGGAGAUCUCUGGAAAAUCUAGCUCUGUGACUCAGCCACCAGCUACACCCUCUAAUCCCAACCCUGACCCCGAGGAGCAGCGACGUCAGCUACCUCGGAGCCCCAGCCAAGAAAAUCAAGGACAGUUUCCACAUCACAGCAGCAUUGGGACUUCACCCUCUACCUCCAGCUUGGAGAGUGAGGGCACGUCUUUGCCCAGGAGAAUCUCAGGAUACACUGCCCCACAAGUGGAAUACUGUGGCCCCAGGGUGUGCCAACCAACCAUGGAGUACCACCAUGAGCAACCCCAAUCUGCACAACUGUCCCCAGUUGAUCUGUCUGGGAUUCUCUACAGCCUCUCCCGAGAGGGACCUUCCCUGGACAGCGACUAUACCGAGGACAGCUUGGACGACUCCAGCGACUGGACCUCCUCACUGAUGAGCCGCAGCCGCAAUCGACAGCCUCUGGUGCUGGGGGACAAUGUGCUUGCCGACCUUGUGGGCAACUGGCUGGACCUUCCUGAACUGGAGAAAGACUGUGUAGAAGGGGAGAAGGGACUCAACAGACCAGACUCUCCGGCUCAUCCGCUUAACCUGAGUCGAUCACAAGAGUUCUGCAAGAAGUUCUCGUUGACCAGCAACUUCUUCAAGAAGUUCCUGCGCAGCGUGCGACCUGACCGGGAGAAGCUGUUGAAGGAGAAACCCGGCUGGAUGCCACCAGGUCAUGACCCAGAGGCAGAACUCUUGAAGAGACCCAAGAAAGCUGCCAAGGCCAAGGGCAGCUUCUACUUGCCGUUUUGGGCAGGGGGACAGCAGGCAAAGGCUAGGCCGUGCCCCCAGUCAGCAGAGGAGAGGAGCCAGUUCUUAGGACUUUACAUAGACAGGAGGCCUGCAGAGCCUGUAGAGAAGGUCCAUCCUUUGUUUGACUACAAUACAGCUGUUUGGGUUUAGCAGGGCUUUUCUGGACGGAUGGAAAAGGGCUGGAAAAUGGGGAUUUGAGUGAAACUCACUGAGAUUAAAAUGGAUUUGAUUUGGACUUUUUAGCUGACAAUCUGUUCGAGCCCUCAGGGUGUAAAAGUAGGUCUUCCUCUCAUGAUGAAUUUCCACUGGCUGCACUUAACUCAGUGAGAACAUGAGACUCUUCCUCUGAUGUACUUUUAUGAUUUGUA